CCCACCGUCCUUUGCCACUCGCCGGAGAUGGCGCUGCAGGCCCAGCAGCUGCCUUCCUUCUCCGUCACCUCCCCGACUCUCCGGACCCUCCGCCUUAUCUGCCCCAUCAAAUCCCCGCCGCCUUCCUCCAGAUGGUUCGUUCAUUCCAGUUCCCAAUUCGACACCCCGCGGCGGCGAAGGUACCAAGCCGCCUACCCUCCGGAUCUUUUCUUGGAAGAACAAGGAAACGAAGGCGACGACGACAGGGAGGAGUCAGUGGGAAGCUGGGGCGGACCCACCAGCCCCUUCCGAGCUCACCUCCGCUAUGGCUCCCAUAAUGAUACGGAUGGGGAGGGCGGCCGGUAUGCCUCGGAGGACGAAGAAGAGCUCCAAGAUUCCGACGAGGAUGAGACGGAAGGGAGAGAGGAGGUGGGUGAGUGGGACCCGCCUGUCAGCCCCUUCCGAGCGCAGCAGCGCGAGGAGCAGCACUACCAAGAAGAAGAGGAGGAUGAGGUCGACAAUGGAGGAGGAUGCGAGUGGUUGGACCCGACCUCCUUCUUGCCAAGCCAAGAAGGGGUGAGCGGCGUUUGCACCACCACCACGGCAGCCAUGGAGGAAAUCCUCUCCUUCGCAAGGAGCCUGGCGGCGGCGGGUCACUCAGCUUUCACCGAGUUCUUGGCCGGUUACAACCAUGGGGACCUCAACGAGGAGGUUUGCGUGGAAUUAUUGAGGAGGAUGUCUGAAGAGGGACUGGACUGUGCACACCUGUUCCAGUGGUUGCGGGAGAAGCAGCCGGUGCCGGUGUCACCGCAGGUAUGGUUGGCAGGUAUUGUUGCGCUUGGGCGGUGCCGGAUGGCUGAUGAGGUCUUGGAGAUUGUGGCAAGAUUACCUUCUGAGAGGGAGUUCCGCGAGGCAGUUGUUUACAAUGCCGCGAUAUCUGCUGUUGCCUACUGUGAGAGAUAUGAUGGUGCCUGGGAAAUUUUUGAGCUUAUGGAAAAGAACAAUGUCCAACCUGAUCACAGGACAUCUUCAAUGAUGCUUAAUAUUAUGAAGAAGACCAGGGCAUCUGCCAAGGAUGCAUGGGAGUUUUUGCAACGGAUGAACAGAAAAGGAGUAAACUGGAGCUUGGAUGUUGGUGUUGCUUUGAUAAAUAUCUUUUGUUGUGAGGGACUCAAAAAGGAAGCUUUAAUCAUCCAGUCAGAAAUGGAGAAGAGAGGAAUUGCAUCAAAUACAAGGAUAUAUGACACGUUAAUGAAAGCAUACUGCAAAUCUAACCAAAUUGAAGAAGCUGAGGGGCUCUUUGUUGAGAUGAAAGAAAAAGGUUUGCAACCAACAAAAGCAACUUAUAAUAUCCUUAUGGAUGCUUACAGUAGAAGAUUGCAGCCAGAAGUUGUUGAAUCGUUACUUCUGGAGAUGCAAGAUUUAAGUAUAAGACCAAGUCCUGAAUCAUACAAUUGUCUCAUAAGCGCCUACGGGCGCCAGAAGAAAAGGAGUAAAGAGGCUGAAGAUGCUUUCUUGAGGAUGAAGACAGAUGGCAUUAAGCCAUUAUCUUCUUCAUACACUGCACUACUUUGUGCAUAUGCAGUUAAUGGACUGCAUGCAAAAGCUCAUAGCAUAUAUGUAGAUAUGAAAAGAGAAGGACUUAAACCUACCUUAGAAACAUAUACAGCUUUACUUGACACUCUUAGGGGAGCUGGUGACACAGAGAAGCUAAUGGAGACAUGGAAAACUAUGAUCGAUGAGAAGAUUGGAGCAACAAGAGUCAUAUUCCACAUGGUACUUGAUUGUUUAGCAAAACAUGGGUUGUACCUUCAGGCAAGAGAUGCUAUAUAUGAAUUUGGAAAGAUUGGUUUAAAGCCUACUGUCAUGACAUAUAACAUUUUGAUGAAUGCUUAUGGAAGGGGCGGACAGCAUUACAAAUUGCCCCUACUCCUGAAAGAGAUGGCUGCUCUGGAACUAAAACCAGACUCCAUUACAUAUUGUACAAUGAUAUACGCAUAUGCCCGUGUUCGUGACUUUUCAAGGGCAUUCUAUUACCACAAGCAGAUGGUUCGAAGUGGGCAAGUACCUGAUCCUAGAUCAUACAGAAAGCUGUUGAAUACUUUGGAUGUGAAGGCUGCAAGAAAGAAUAUAAAGGAUAAGAGUGCCAUACAGGGAAUCAUAAAAGGCAAGUCUGGCUUAAAACCCAGAAAGGAAAAGAAAGACGAGUUUUGGAAGAACAGAAGAAAGCGGUCUAUGCUGAACCCAACUUAUGGGCACCAAAGAAAAAGAUUUUUGUGAAUUUAUCUUCAGUGUACAUUUGAUUGUGUUCAAGAUUUACUUGAAAUCUUAAGCUGGAGACUGGGUUAUAGAAUCAUUUUCCUUUUCUGUUUUCAGUAACCUGAGUCAACUCAAAGGGUUUGCUUUUGAACAUGAUUGGCCUUGAAAACCAUUCAGGUAAAUGAACAGCAUCUGUUUGUUAUUUUUAUCAUGAAAAAGCUACAUUUCUAGACUUGAUGAUUGGUCAUUUGGUACCAAAAAUAUUGUGAAAUGACACUUAAAAAAGCGAUAUCAUUGUAAUUUUAUCAAAUGGUGAAUGGCAUUGACCUGAACAGUUGAGUCUUGUAGUCUCCUUUUGUCGCUGUUAUCAAUCUUAUACAAUGCUAUUUUUUGACUAAUUACUCCCCUGGUUCCAUGUUAUUUGAUGUUUUAGGAGUUGAAAAUUGUUGCUUUUUAUUCGAUUUUAAGGAUUUCAAGAAGAGCUAUUGCUCAUAAGUUUGCCACUCCAUAUUUCACAAAAUUUCAAAUAGUUAAAAAGGUUCAAGCAUCAAAGGUAUCAGUGUCACUCAGAUGGCAAGAUCUCAAACAGUUAAGACACAGCAGGAAAGCUGAUACAAGUUGGCAUGAUAUGAAGCAAUUGAAAGGACCAUCAAAUGCCAUCAGGGCUUUAAGAAUUACAGAAAGCUGUUCCGGAGAUCUGAACUACACAGACGAGUUAAGUACUCAGUAUUAGCUGAGUGGGAAGUCAUUCCUAAACCCAGCUAAUGGAAGAAAGAACCCAAUUCUACGAGACUCCAUGCAUGCAUAACAGGAAGGCAAAGGAAGGUAUACUCCACUUUUGAGGGUCAAGGAAAGAUGCCAUGUUGCACAUUGAUCUGUGGAUGUUCUGCGCACAAUUAUACUUUGGGGAUGGUAGUAAUGCACCACGCUCACACCUGCUCGUGGUUCUUCUGGUAAGAAAUUUUGAGAAUUUUCCAUCUUUCAGUUCAUGCAUCGCUGCCGCUUCUGUGAUGCAAUUGUACAAGUUGUCAUUCCGUGCAUCCAGAGUUCCAGACCCCACCAACACCUUCCUCACUAUGGAUUUUGCUGGAAGAGAGGAAUGAGCAACUCUAAUCUCUAUUCCAGGGACAGCUGUGAACAUAUACAAAGAAGCACUACAUCUAACACACUUCAUGGGAAUGUACUCUAUAAAUCCUUACAUUUCACUCGCACGAUUGUAUACAUGCUUCCUACAAUAAAGGCAUGCUGUACUUGCGUCUUGAACCUGUCUUUCAAGGUGUUGUUUCUUUUUCAAACUUGAUUGUUUUUCUUUUCCUUUAUUUUGUAGAUAUCACCGACAGUUGAGCUGUCAAGGAAACUCCUUUGAUUCCAGCUGUCAAGCAAACUCUGCAGUGCCAUCAGAAACGCUGUACACUAGAGUAUUUCUGUUGCUCUAUGAAGUCUGAAACCAAUGUACUGGUGCUCUUAGCUCCAGGAGCAAUUCCAGUUUUACAAGUGACAUUCCUAGGUAGCGGACUUGCAUUUUUUUUUCGUUUCAACAAGAGGAAGUAGCAGAAUUUGCAUUCAGACUGUAGAUUUUGCUUGUCUUUGAUUUGUAAACAUCCUCUCCAUAACAUUACAUCAGCACCUAUCAAGCUAGAAUCACAUUGCAGUUCCAAUGUAUGAUAAAGCCCCUGAAAAUUGUGAGAUGGUA